AUGGGAGGUGGAAAAGACAAGAACGAUGAAUCUGACAAAGGGCUUUUCUCUAAUCUUGGUCACCAUCUACCUGGAGCCUACCCUCCAGCACCUGGGGCCUACCCCCCUCAAGGCUAUCCUCCACAGGGAUAUCCACCAUCCGGGUAUCCUCAACAGGGACAUCCUCCAUCCGGGUAUCCUCAACAGGGACAUCCUCCAUCCGGAUAUCCUCCACAGGGAUACCCUCCAGCAGGUUAUCCUGGUUCAUCAGCUCCACAUCACUCAGGGCAUGGAUCUGGUGUAGGAGCAAUGUUGGCUGGAGGUGCUGCAGCAGCCGCUGCUGCUUAUGGUGCUUCUCAUUUGGCACAUGGUGCUGCAGGUCACUCUGCUCAUGGUGCGCAUGUUAGUCAUGGUGCGCAUGUUAGUCAUGGUCAAGGCCAUGGCCAUGGCCAUGGAAAGUUUAAGCAGGGAAAGUUCAAGGGUGGAAAGCAUGGAAAAUUUGGCAAGCACAAGGGUGGAAAGCAUGGAGGCAAAUUCAAGAAGUGGAAGUGA